AGGUCUAAUAUCGAAACGCUUCAUUUCGGCACCUCCGUUCUUCAAUGCUCUGGAAACCCAGCCUUCCUCUGCUCUGGGCCCAGGAUGUGGAUGAGCAAGUGGAAACACUAGGAACAACGAUGCAUCCAGUCUUAAAGGCCUUUGUGUGUGGCUCCAUCAGUGGUACUUGUUCCACACUCCUCUUCCAGCCCCUUGACCUGCUGAAAACACGCCUGCAAACUCUGCAGCCUGCUGUGAAUGGGUCUGGUCGUAACGCUGGGAUGGUAACACUGCUCUUUAGGGUUGUUCGUACUGAGAGUAUUUUGGGGCUCUGGAAAGGUGUCUCUCCAUCCUUUGCAAGAUGUAUUCCUGGGGUUGGCCUUUACUUCAGCUCUUUGUACGUGAUGAAGCAAAAGUUUCUUGUGGACCGUUCACCCACAGCCCUGGAGUCUGUYUUUCUGGGUGCCACCGCUCGUGCAGUUUCUGGGAUUUGCAUGUUGCCAGUGACUGUAGUGAAGACCCGAUAUGAGAGUGGAAGCUUUGGCUAUGGGAGUGUAUUUGGAGCCCUGAAGAAUAUCUAUCAGACUGAAGGGGCUCGUGGCAUGUUCAGUGGGCUCACAGCAACACUGCUGCGGGAUGCRCCCUUCUCUGGCAUCUACCUGAUGUUCUACACACAGACCAAACACCUCACACCUCAGGACCAGCUGGAUCCGGUGCUUGUGCCCUUGCUGAAUUUUGGGUGUGGGAUCUUAGCGGGAAUCUUGGCCUCUCUGGCAACACAGCCUGCUGAUGUCAUCAAAACACACAUGCAGCUGUCGCCCCARAAGUACCACAGGACAAGCCAGACCAUUGCCUUCAUCUACAAGGACUUUGGAUUGGUUGGCUUUUUUCGAGGUGGUGUGCCCCGAGCCCUCAGGCGCACUCUGAUGGCAGCAAUGGCAUGGACGGUGUAUGAACAGAUGAUGGAAAAAAUGGGCUUGAAGUCCUGACUGAGAUGCAUGAGAAAUGACUCCUUCUCCCGCUUCCUGUGAUCCACUGGCACUGGAAAGUUCCCAGUUCCACAGAGGAAUAAGCCUUGCUCAGCCAGGAGGAAGAAAGGUCGUCUGAGAUAGGGGAUUAGGCCUUUUGGCACGUAAAGGAAAGGAAAGAUUGGAUCUUUGCGUUUUUUGAUCAAGUGCAUUCCAGAAGGAAUGCAUUUGCAGUCUGCCAUGGGAAAUGGCAGGGUUUUCACAGCCUGGUAACUGGGCUGAGAAGCCCUUUUUAGAAACAACUCUGUGCUCACCCCUUUUAUGCAAUGAGACAGUGCUAGAGCAAAUGCAUUUGAGGAGAAAACUGAUGGCAGAACUGYCAGCCUGUUCCUUGCUGACAUGGCCAGAAAGGCCGCAGUGACCACCAUCUGAUGUAGAUCCUCCUUCCUCAUGUGCUUUGUUCUCACAGGGAACAYUCCAGGCCCUGGUGGGAGACUGGAUGUGUCUCUUAAUACUUAUAUUGCAGGAGUGAGUGAAAGAGAAAUGAAGUGCAGAAGAAAAGCUAGAAACAUGGUCUCUGGCAUCACUUCUGUACUGUGUGUGAUCAUAGAGAGAGUAACUGGAACCUCCUUGCUAUGUUAUGUGUUACUAUGUGAUUGAGCAUAUUAGCACGCUUGAAAUGUCUUUCUGCCUCUACAGCAGGGUUUGCACAGGAAUUAAGAAGCAUAAGGCACUUUAGAAUUGAUUGCUACCAAAGUUGUACCUGUUCUCUGAUAAAAAGAAAAAUGCUGCUAGUCUAACUAUAGCAGGAACGCUCAAGUGGGUUUUGUUUUAUUUUUUUUUUAAUGCAGUUGUCAUAGAAACUUACUUGCAUCCUAUUCCUUUUUUUUUUGUCCCUGAUCAACACAUCCAGUGUGAACUGGUGCUUGGAUGUAGCUUUUAGGUCCAUGGCUCAUAAUGCAUAAAUGUAUAAUGGAAACAGAUAGAGAUGGUGGCACUUCAGAUUUUCCGUAAAACAACUGAUGAUUGCAUGUGGGGUAUAUUUUGGUUUGGAAAGAAAAAAUUGCUAUUUCUGUAACCUUUCUCCAAAGUUUCAACCCUAGGGGUGCUUGGUAGUGACCUUAAAUUCCCUUAGGGCUCCACCCAGACCCUUCACAUCUUCCUGGCUGAUCCUUUUAUCAGGUAGUCCMUGUUUGAGUAUCCCAAGGCUCAGACAAUACUUUUCAUCCUCUGUGCCUUCUUAYUCUUUCCUACUGUGUUACUCAGACCUCACAGUGUGUGCUGGAUACAGCCUCCUCCUCUCUUCACUUGUGCCUCUUUGGUGGGUUGGGUCCCUUGCAGCUCUGUUAGCAUAGCCAUGAAGCUGGCAUGGAAGUGUGCAUCCUGUUCUGUAGUGUGCCUUGCAGACAACUUAACUUUGGCUUUUAUUUUCUUAAAUAUCUAGGGAUAUUGCAGUUCACUUUAGAAGCAGAGCACCUGACUCUGAAUAGGAAGACAUAACACAGCUGUAUGAGCAACUAGUGCUACCUGCCUGUUGUUCAUAGGUUUUAGAAUGUGUUCUGCAAUCACUGCCUGCCCUGACAACUUCCCAAGCGCAAGAGUGGAUAGAGAGGAUGUGUAUUGUUAAAGGUGUUCUUUACCAGAUUUCAACUCCAAGAAGGCUUGGUGACUAAUGUAGAAGUUUACUAAAGUGUAAGGGUGGAGGCUGGAGGCUUGGAAGGUGCUGCCUGUUUUCAGACUAGGCCCAUCUGUGAGGGGAGRUUGGUGCUGUGCAGUGCAGGAGUGUCCAAGAAUGGUGGUGGAGGGUCCAACAUCUCUAUGUGUUAAYAAUAUAGCAUUGCAUCAAAUCAGGCAUGUGGCACAGUAUUUGCUAAAUCCUAAAUGUGAACAUCUGUUCUUUACUUCCGCUGUCCCUUCUACCCUUAGUGACCUGAACUUGUGAGAGUACACGAAGCCGUGGUAACUGCACAUCCUGCUUGUUUGCUAUCCUGAGCAUUACUGGCAUUGAGAGCUGGAGAGCCAAGUCUAGGGUUGCUGACCUGGCAGAAUAUGGUGGCAGUUAGAUGAGUUACSUCAUUUGUCCUUUAUUCCCCUUGCAUGGGAUCAAACCAGCAUUGUGCUGGGAGUCUGAAUUUAUUUGGGGCUUUCUARAUCUGGCAUGUGAGCUGGAUCUGUUGAUCAUCCUGGGCUGUGGUAGUCAAGGGUGGCUGUGGGGUCAUCUGCAAGGUGCUUCACACAUAUUUUGUUCCUGAUUUAGAAUGGCAAAUCAAUGUGCAACCUGUGUAGACAGAAACAAGCUCUUMAAAAUGAGGUUAGCAAGCAAAGAAUGCCAGGUAAUAAAUCUGCAGUUAAGGUCCUCAUUAGAAACCUGAAGUUCAGGAGCACUUCGGUGGCUUUUAUAUCUCUGUGCUCCUGCCUGGUCAAGUAACAAAGGAAGAGGCAGAGAAUUAAUUCCCAUGUGCUAAUGUUUUAAAGACUACCGUGGGAUUUGUUUGUUUUAAAUCUGGAAUCAGGCCUAAAGCAGUGUUAGCUUUUCCUUCAGUAAAGUUCUUCCAUUCCCCUUUGUGGAGAAUGAGGUGGCACUUUCUUUACUGGAGCAGAUUAAAAAACUCUGGUUUUURGCUUGUGGAUUAACCUGGGCUCCUCUGAGUUUAGGAAAGAGAAUCUAAACUGCAUUGUGUUUCAUCUACUGUUGGGGCUGCAAAUGCAAAAACUUACCUACCUGAGAGUUGGGGAGAAUGAAUUCUGCACUGCGWGUUUGUUGUUUUAAUUUGUUAUUUCUUUUGUCAGGAGGAAGGGAAAGCCUAAAAUUCUGCUUCACUCUAUUUUGAAAGCUUUAUCACAUAGGCAGGCACAAGACUGUUUCUCAGCUCUGAUCCUUGCUAUCCUUCRCCCUUUUCCCCUCUUCAAAAACAUUCUAUUUGUAAAGUGAUUUAUUUAARUUACUCCUUGAUUGGUAUACCAUGUCAAGACAAUCAAGUAUGUGGACUUGAAGUUUAGAUAUACUCCCCUUGAGGUUUAAUGCUUCUAGUUAACAACAAAGGUCAAUGUACAGCCUAAAUGCUAAGUAAAAUAAAAGAUCUGGGCAGAAGUGCUCAGUCACCUACCUGCAUCAUGCCAGCAAUUCAAUGCUAACUAUCUUGUCAGGUAAUCAUUCCCAAAGCCAUCCUGUCUUGGAUUCCAGAGAGUCGUGUGAUCCCUUCUAUGCAUGGCAGGAUUGCAGYUGGAUCCCACUUGGACUGACCUCUCUUGCUGUCAGUGCACUGUUGGUGAACAUGCAGUGUCUCUGCUUGCCCCUGCAGCUUAAGAGCUUGCCCCUGUGKCUUAAGAGCACAACUGGCUGGCAUGUUGAGGCAGGCAAUAUUUAAGUGAGUUGUAGGGAUACAAGAGAAAUAGUUGGAUUAUUUGUGCUUUAAAAACUUCAUGUUUCCAUUCUUGCAAGGUGAUGAUUUGUUUGUUGUUUUUUUUUUUCUUGCACUGUUUUAAACAGUGCAAGAGCUUCAGAACAUUGCUUAGCUUUGAGUAUUGUGAGUGCUUAUGUGUCUGUAUGAAAUAUUUAUGUGAGAAGGUAUAUUAUAUAUUUCUAUUAAAAACU